AUGGGGUAUUGUGCCUGCCGAUCACCUGAAACAGCUACGACAGCAGCUGAACGAUUCCUUACAUCGUCAUCUUCGUCGAAUUCUGAGUCUAAAGUGGAUGGCGAUCGCGUUAAAAGUAGCAGCCAACCAUGUUCUAAACAGCAACAACUGCAAAAGAAGCGAACUCAGACUUUACGCAGGGCAAAAACUAACAAGGAUCAGGACACUGGCACCGGAGUUGAUGAAGGUGGAUAUGAAGUCUGCCCAGAUAUGACUCCAUCACAAUUGGCCAAAGCUGCAAAUAUGGAAGAUGGCGUAGGUGGUAAUGAGUUGAUGACGUUGUUGUGA